CAGAAACUUCCCAUCGAACCCAACGUGCUCGAUCCACAGUCCACAAGUUCGUAAGCUUCGAAGAUAUUUUCCCUUCUGCCUCUUCCAUGGAUUCCUCAGAAAGAUCCGACGUUCGUUAACUCAACUGUCGAUUACCUGCAAGCCACGUUCAUGGUGGUUCCGCGUCUCCGUUGACGCGACACGCUCCGCUGCUUCUCCAAUGGCGAUCGCCCUCUCGCCCCACCACCACCACCGCUUCCUCUCCUCCGCGAGCCAUUUCCACACCAACCCUUCCUCCUCCUCCGCGCCUCGGAGCCGCUGCUCCGCCCGUCCGAAGGCCGUCCCGGAGUCGUCCGAUGCAAAGCGAGGUGCGGCCGCGGUACGGAGCUCGUCGCCGCCCGAGCUGAGGCCGGCCGAGCCUCGUGCGGAGGUUGAGAAGGCGCGGGGCGCGACUCCGAAGUCGCUGAAUUGGGUUGAUCGCGUUUUCGAAAGUUCGAGGGAUGGAUUUAGGUUCAGCGAAAUCGGGUUGGAGAUUUUGUCCAUUGCUUUACCAGCUGCUCUGGCUUUGGCCGCUGACCCCAUUACGUCCUUGGUGGACAGUGCUUUUGUUGGUCACAUAGGAUCAUCAGAACUGGCAGCAGUUGGAGUAUCAGCUUCUGUGUUCAAUCUGGUUUCAAAAUUGUUUAAUGUUCCCUUGCUCAACAUUACCACGUCAUUUGUAGCUGAAGAGCAAGCAGUGGCGGAUAAGAGCAGUGAUAAUUAUCAUCGACUCGGUGAUGGUUUUGCAGAGGAGCAACAAACAAAGAAGAUCCUUCCAUCAGUAUCAACUUCAUUAGCACUGGCUACUGGCAUUGGGAUCGCCGAAACUAUUGCACUUUCAGCUGGCUCAGGUUUCUGGAUCAAUUUGAUGGGUAUAUCUGUUGAUUCACCAAUUAGAAUACCAGCUGAACAAUUCUUAUAUUUGAGAGCUUUUGGUGCUCCAGCAAUUGUAGUAGCACUUGCUGCACAAGGUGCAUUUCGUGGAUUUAAGGACACAAAGACACCUCUAUAUGCCAUAGUUGCUGGCAACUUACUGAACGCAUUUCUGGAUCCAAUUUUGAUAUUUCUUUUUGAUCUUGGCAUUGGUGGUGCCGCAGUAGCAACAGUGAUUUCUGAAUACUUGAUAGCUUUAAUCCUGCUAUGGAAGCUGAAUGAUGAAGUAUUACUGAUCUCUCCAAAUUUUGAUGGGAGAAAAAUUAUCCAAUAUCUGAAAUCAGGUGGCCUUCUUAUUGGCAGAACCUUAGCAGUUCUCAUUACUAUGACUUUGGCAACAUCAAUGGCUGCUAGGAGGGGCCCUAUACCUAUGGCUGGUUAUCAGAUCUGCACGCAAGUAUGGUUGACUGUAUCUUUGCUUACUGAUGCUCUAGCAAUUGCUGGCCAGGCUCUUCUUGCCCGUGGUUACUCCCAAGGAGACUAUCAGCAAGCACGUGAAGUGAUAUACAUGGUUCUUCAGAUUGGUGUGGCCACUGGUGUUGCUCUAGCUGUCAUUCUUUUCGUUGGGUUUGGAGCCUUUGCAAGAUUAUUCAGCACGGAUUCUGAAGUUCUGGAGAUUGCCUGGUCGGGUAUUCUGUUCGUUGCUGGAUCUCAACCAAUGAACGCUGUGGCCUUCGUUAUUGAUGGGCUCUACUAUGGGGUUUCGGAUUUCAGAUAUGCUGCCUAUUCCAUGGUCUUUGUUGGGAUAGUUUCUUCCGCUUUCUUACUGGCAACAGCUCCCACGUUUGGUCUUGCUGGAGUUUGGACAGGGUUGUUUCUCUUCAUGACAUUGAGGGUAGUGGCUGGCGUUUGGAGAUUAGGAACAAAAGGCGGACCAUGGGAAAGGAUUUGGUCCGAGGCAGAGCAGGGAAGUGACUGAUAUCAAAUUGAGUUUGCACAUGAUUGCUUUUCCCGGCGUGCUUAUAGGAAGCGCCACGAAGGGACAUAUACAUGGCCAAAUAAAGUUCACGAGAAGCCUGAUUCUUCCCACUCGAUAGCAGUUCACUUUACAAGUGGCUUAUAUCCCCAUUAACAGCUAAUUGGAGCAAUGCCGGCACCAAAACAGAAAUCAAGCUACCAGAAAUAAGUGGUGAGAUGGAAAGAGGUUAAUUUUGACGGCCAUGGCUGGCCUGCGUCUUUGCGCCUUGACCAUACAGCUCUCACUGGUUGAUAUAUAUAUGAAACUCCCAUAGCACACCAACUGCACAUCACAUUGAUGGCCUCCAAAUUAUCGAAGCAAACGGUUUUAUUUAUCUUCCCCUCUUUUACCAUGAGCUCUCUGGACGGCGCAUCUGGAUUUCUGCUCGUAUCUCCGUAGUUGGUUAUUAGUUCAUUCAACGUUGCCGUAGUUCCCUGACCGGUUAUUGAAUCUUUUGCUUGAUAUAGUUACUGUCCUCGAGCAAUACACAAUGAAUGUACUUGUGUAAUCAUCCUGAAGUAAUGAAACCACGUGAGUAGGAACUUCUGAUGA